AUGUUAAAUUUGUUUUUGAGGUCUUUGCACCCGUAUAAUAUAUCUAGAACGUAUAAUAAAUUCGGUAUACGGACGUUAAAGACCAAUGCUAAACAUAAAAAGGUGAAAAAUAAGGACACAUUGGCUCCUAAACCAUUCCAAUAUGGUAAGUUUGGUGGAUUAGCUGUAAAUAAAGAGCACUUGCUUACCCAUAGUAAAAAUUUGGUUAGCAAAAUUACGACGUUUGAGCAGUUGAAACUACUUCCCGAUGUUAGGACAAAGUUAAAAGAGCUGAUAGCCGGGGAAACAAUUCUUAAUAAGUCUGUCAAUACCUCUAAAGUUGACAGUGAAUGCGAUAAGAUACCUAUUGAAGAUAUUAAACCCACUCCUAUUCAAGUGACAGCAAUCCAAAAAAUUUCGAAGAAACUAAUGGAUCCAAAACUACAAGUACACAUGUUGGCGGCGGAAACAGGGUCUGGUAAAACUAUGGCUUACAUUUUCCCUUUAGUAGAUUACCUAAAGCGCCAGGAGAACGAGUUUCCGGAGAUGUGGGAGCAGAUAAAGAACAAAGCGAUUAUACGAGCCAUCAUUCUAGUUCCUACCCACGAGUUGGUUGAGCAAGUGUACGGUACAAUAUCUAAAUUGAACACACCAUUAGGUUUAAAUACCUUCAAGUGGGAUAGUGGCACUCCUUACCCCGUGUUAUUGGACGCUUUGAAAAAUAGGAUUGACAUUAUGGUCACCACACCAGGAAAGAUUCUAAGCUUGUUCAAUAUCAGAAUGAUCAAUCGUCCAGAUAGGUUUCUUUCACAGGCUAAGUUUGUUGUAAUGGAUGAGGCUGAUACUUUAAUGGAUCAAUCAUGGGUUGAGGAUACUUACAAGGCUAUCAAGCUGAUGCAAAAUGCUAACCAUCUGGUAUUUUGCAGUGCAACAAUACCAGCGGAAUUUGAAAAGGCUAUGGACAAGUUAUUUCCCACCCUAAAUCUCUCAAUUUCUCCAAAUCUUCACAAGAUUAACAAAAGUUCAAAAGUUAGGUUCAUUGAUGCCUCGCUAAAUCCCUACAAGGGCUCUAAAAUAAAAGCUCUGGCUCAAACAUUAUAUGCAAUCAUGAUGUCCAAUACGACCAAACGAGACAAGAGAUGUAUCGUGUUUGUUAAUGAGAAGAAGUCGGUGGGAACUCUUGUUGAAACACUAAGGACAAAGUACGGGCACGAUGUUAAGGGAAUAAGUAGUGCGGAUACCGUUGAUGAAAGGCUGGCCAUAUUAAAGGAAUUUAACGAGGCUGCGAAGGUGCCCGUUAUAGAGAAACAGAGCAGUACGCCAAAAUCUGAAAUUAAAAUAACGAAAUCUAAUAUCUCGAUGAAGUACAACAAUGAACCGCGUGAAGAUGAAGAAAUGGCAACGCCGGUGAAAGUACUGGUCACGACAGAUUUGCUUGCCCGUGGUAUGAACUUCAAAGAAGUCAACCAUGUUAUCUUGUAUGAUAUUCCAGAUAAGGCAGUUGACUUGGUACACCGGGUAGGAAGAACUGGUAGGAUGAACCAAUCUGGAACUGUUUACCUCAUCGCAGACAAAAAGGCAAAAUCUUGGGCGAAGGGUUUGCCAUCUAUCGUGAAGAAAAAUAUCGUCUUACAAUAG